GGAACCCAGCUGGGUUCCAUUUUUUUUUUUUUGUUGCUCUCUUUCCUCUUUCUUCUUCCUUUUCCUUUUCCCUUUCAACUUCUGCUUGGUUCGCGAACCUAGGAACCCAGCAGCCAAUGGCUUCUUCCAAGCUGGGUUCGAGAACCCAGUGGCUGGUGGGUUCACGAACCCAGCAGAUCUGGUUCUUCCAAGCUGGGUUCGAGAACCCAGUGGCUGGUGGGUUCUCGAACCAGAUUUGUUGGGUUCUGGUUCGAGAACCCAACGGAGAAAACGGCACUGUUCUGGGCCAAGCCCUGGUGGGCGAGGGAGCGGUCGGCGAUGAAGAUGGUAGGGCGAGAACUGAUCUUGAGGGUGACCAUUGGGUCGAACUUUGCAUGGAGUUUGCGGAGAAUCAAUUCCAUCUCGGAGGUGUGAGUUUGCGGAGCCAUAGGAAAGGGCCGACAAUGAGGAUGGCGAAGGGGCCUGGAGGGAGAGAGUGGGUGGGGGGGAUUUGGUCGGAAAAAGGAGGUUGAGGAACGCUCGAAGGAGAGGAGCAACAGAGACAAUGAUGAGGAUGAUGCUGGAAGAUUGUGAUUGGACUCUCUUGCACAAAAUUGUGUUUUUGAUUCUUGAUUUUUGUUCAAAUAAGUUAACGCUAGGAUAUGCCCAGAUGUUGAUUCAAUUUUGGAACCAUGAAAUUUGCAAUUUUCAUGUAUUUAAUUAGGUGAAGAUUUUCAUUAAAAAAAAAAAAAAUGG